UGGCUCUUUGUCCGCAGAACCGGGGGACGAUGUGCGCCGUGCAGCUGCUGCGGGUGUCGGUACAGGAGCGGAUCAGCGCCGCCGCGGAAGACUUUCUGCUGCGGGUGGAAAAAGGACGAGAAGCGGCUGAAAUCCCGGCGCUGAGAGCGCUGCUCACCGAGCGGCUCGCGGCGGCUGCGGAGGAGAUCGUCGGGCUGUUUGAGGAAACGGUGGCGGAGUACGAAGACAGAGCCGAGCGGUCAGAGCGGGAGAUCCGCCGCCAGAGGAGGCUGCUCGAUGCCGUGCUGAAGCCCGAAGUCAGGCUGCACAGAGCAGACGUCCAGCAGCUGUCGCUGAGGAAAGAAGAGGUUCCCCCUGAGCAGCAGGACUGGAGCCCCAGUCUGGACCAGGACCCAGAGCCCCCACACAUUAAAGAGGAGCAGGAGGAGGUCUGGACCAGUCAGGAGGGAGAGCAGCUUCGAGGGCUGGAGGACGCCGAUAUCACAGAGUUCCCAUUCCCUGUGAAGAGUGAAGAAGAUGAAGAGAAACCUCAGUCCUCACAGCUUCAUCAAAGACAAACUGAACAGAUGGAAACAGGAGCUGAUGGAGAGGACUGUGGAGGACCAGGACCAGCCAGGAACUCUGAUCCAGAUACACAUUUACAACCACUUAGUGAUGAUAAUUCUCCAGACUCCACUGAAACUGAUGAGAGUGAUUGUGAUUGGACACAAACAAAUGCCCGGUCAGGUAUAGAGGGUCAGAAAAACAGCGAAGCCCCUGAAAGUGAUAUUGGAUCUUCAGCGAAGGAGCGACCCUUUCCUUGUUCGUAUUGUGGUAAAAGAUUUAGCCUUAAGGGGAAUCUGAAUAGACACAUAAGAGACCACACUGGCGAGAGACCGUUUCCUUGCACGGGUUGUGAUAAAUCAUUUAAAGACAGUGGAUCGUUAACAGCACACAUGAGGUGUCACACCGGAGAGCAGCCGUACAGCUGCUUAUUCUGUGGGAAGAAUUUCAGUGGGAGGGGAAACAUGACCAGACACAUGAGAAUCCACACGGGAGAGAAGCCGUUCACCUGCUCGGUGUGCAGUAAAAGUUUUCACGUGAAAGAACACCUCAACAGACACAUGAAGUACCACACGGGGGAAAAACCGUUUAGUUGCACUGUCUGCGGUAAAGGUUGCGCUCAGAAGACGGACCUGAAGAAACACAUGAGGGUCCACACGGGAGAGAAACCGUUCAGUUGUCCGUUCUGCGGAAAGUGCUGUGCUGAAAAAGGAGACUUGACCAAACACAUGAGAGUCCACACGGGAGAGAAACCGUUCAGUUGCAAUAUCUGCGGUAAAAGUUGUGCCCAAAAGGGGAGCCUGAAGAUUCACAUGAGAGUCCACACCGGAGAGAAACCGUUCAGCUGCUCAGUCUGCGGCAAACGUUUCACUGUUACAGGACAUCUAAAGAGACACAUGAAGCUGCACGCAGCAGACAGCCAAGCGGCUGAGUCGGCAGAUACAUGUUCAGCCAAAGAACAACAGGAAGUUGACACUGUUGAACCGUUGAACACGUCAUGAUGUUGAUCAGUCGGGAAGAAAGAUUAACCCUUCAACUCAGUGAGGUGGUUAGGGGUGCAGCCAUAUCUGCGCCCAUGUCUGUCAAGCCAGGGAUGUUCAUUAUUCGACUGUUACAGAUGAACUGCCAUCUGGGAUUUAAUUGAUAAAAAAUACAUUAAUUGAUAAUGUAGAAUAUAAGACAGGUGGUGUAACAUCCACAGAGUGCCCUUUCCCUCCAGAGACAGACCAAAAAACAACUUAACCUUCAUCCUGCCGCCCUGUUGGUGAAGUAAACGCGAGUCCUCCAGUGGGUUAGCUAGUGUCGCUCCUAGCUGGCCGGUGAAGUAAACGCGAACUCUCCCUCAAGAGUCGGAUUGUCUGAGUAACAAGUAAUGUUCUGUUACCCAACCAGAGCCCGAUACUGUGACAUGUCGGGUUCAUGCAGCAGAUCUCUACUUGUUCGGGCGUCUGUAUGCUCGAGGCGACGUGACGUGCGACCAUGUCUGAAGGCAGAAGCGUUCUGAACGGCCACAUUAGAAGACUGGGUGACAGCCAGUCAUCAUAGAGAGGGAUGAGACAAAUCGUACAAAUGGAGACAAUGGCGCACACUUUGAUGGUGUUGCACUUGGCUGUUCGCACGCAAAGUGACUGUGAGAGAGAGA